CGCCGCCGCCGCCGCGGGGCCUGCCCGAGCUGCUGGGCGGGGCUGCGGCCGGGACCCAGCAGGAGGCGACGAGGCGACCCCGGCGUGCUCGACCCCGCGGAGCCAUGGCCGGCUGCUGCUCCGCGCUCGGGGCCUUCCUGUUCGAGUACGACACGCCGCGCAUCGUGCUCAUCCGCAGCCGUAAAGUGGGGCUCAUGAACCGCGUGGUGCAGCUGCUCAUCCUGGCUUACGUCAUCGGGUGGGUGUUUGUGUGGGAAAAGGGCUACCAGGAAACUGACUCUGUGGUCAGCUCAGUGACAACCAAGGCCAAAGGGGUGGCUGUGACCAACACUUCUGAACUUGGAUUCCGGAUCUGGGAUGUGGCGGACUAUGUGAUUCCGGCUCAGGAGGAAAACUCGCUCUUCAUCAUGACCAACAUGAUCAUCACUGUGAACCAGACGCAGAGCACCUGUCCAGAAAUUCCCGAUCAGACCACCGUUUGUAACUCGGACUCGGACUGUACCGUUGGCUCAGCAGGCACCCACAGCAAUGGGAUCGGGACCGGAAAAUGUGUACCAUUCAAUGAGUCCGUGAAGACCUGCGAGGUGGCGGCUUGGUGCCCAUUGGAGAAUGACGCUGGCGUGCCAACGCCAGCUUUUUUAAAGUCCGCGGAGAACUUCACCCUCUUGGUAAAGAACAACAUCUGGUACCCCAAGUUUAAUUUCAGCAAGAGGAACAUCCUCCCCAACGUCACCACUUCCUAUCUCAAAUCGUGCGUUUAUGAUGCUCGGACGGAUCCCUUCUGCCCCAUAUUCCGUCUCGGCAGGAUUGUGGAGGACGCCGGGCACAGCUUCCAGGAGAUGGCGGUGGAGGGAGGCAUCAUGGGCAUCCAGAUCAAGUGGGACUGUAACCUUGACAGAGCCGCCUCCCUCUGCCUGCCCAGAUAUUCCUUCCGGCGCCUCGACACCCGGGACCUGGAACACAAUGUGUCUCCUGGCUACAAUUUCAGGUUUGCCAAGUACUACAGGGACCUCACUGGCAACGAGCAGCGUACGCUCAUCAAGGCAUAUGGCAUCCGCUUUGACAUCAUUGUGUUUGGAAAGGCUGGGAAGUUUGACAUCAUCCCUACCAUGAUCAACGUUGGCUCCGGCUUGGCGCUGUUAGGGGUGGCGACUGUGCUCUGUGACGUCAUAGUCCUCUACUGCAUGAAGAAAAGAUACUACUACCGGGACAAGAAAUACAAGUAUGUGGAAGACUACGAGCAGGGUCUCGCCGGUGAGAUGGACCACUGAUGCCUGACCCUACACUUCAAGCCCACAGCACCCUCACCGAAGCCGUGAGAAGGGAGAAAUGGCGGCCGCGUCUCUCUAGAGAAAGUCCCAGAGUUUCAUUCCGUUUCCUCCACUCCACAAACACUCAGGGUUGCCCAGUGGGUCUUGUUUUAGUUUUGUCUUUCUUUCUUUUUUUUUUUGGUUUUUCGAGACAGGGUUUCUCUGUGUAGUUUUGAUGCCCGUCCUGGAUCUCGCCCUGUAGACCAGGCUGGCCUCGAACUCACAGAGAUCCGCCUGGCUCUGCCUCCCGAGUGCUGGGAUUAAAGGCGUGCGCCCAGCAGUUUUGUCGUUUCUCAGCCUUGGUCGUGCUCAGCUGGGCUUCAGUCCCAGAAUCUUCUUGCUUCCGUCCCCAGAAGUGCUGGGAUGACGGAGGAACACCACAGCACUCGUCUCCUUCCGGGUUUGGGCAUUUUUUUUUUUUAAACCUUUUACAUUGUACAGACUUCCACUCUGUGUAGCUCAGGCUGGCAUCAAACUCAAGACAUUCCUCCUCGCUAGACAGCCUUUAACCUCGCCUUUUGUGAGGAGUGCAUUUGCUCGCCGCACACGGUGGGUUCCUGGUGUGGUGUUGGCCGGGUCACCUGUCGUGUUAUACGGUGUGAGCCUACUGAGGUGAUGUGACAGUCUGAGAACAGAGACACCGCUGUGGCCUGUGGGACCGCCGUCUUCUCCAGGGUCUCCAGGGUCUCCAGGACUGGCUCCCUUGGAAGUCCCGGUCUCUAGACCCUCAGGACGGGCCCAGCAGCUCUGUCCACGCACUUUAUAAAGGAGUUCUCCAGAUGCCUGCCAGCGGGCCUGGGGCACUGUCCCUCUUCCCUGGACCUAGAGACUUUGUCCCUGGUAACCAAGACAGAACUGGCUUUCCCUUUCAGAAGGGCUAUGUUGAAAGGACCGAGGACCAACCAUUAAAAGAAAUGGCUUUUUAAA